UGAAUAUCUGGUGACCUUUAGGGACAAAAUUAUCCACCUACUGUUACUGGACAAGCUCCUCAGUACAGCACAGGAUGAAGACAACAAUGUUUGUGACCAGCUCAUCACAACAGCAAUAACUUCAUUUGCUCAAGCGGAAAAGUUCUUGCGUAAGUUCCGCUGCCACCGGCCCAUGCUGUGGGAGGUGGACCAGAAGGUGAAGGAGGCAGCAGACGCACUUCACCCUUCCAGUAAUGUGGACCACAUGCAGAACAUCCUGCAGGACACCCUCAUCCACUGUUGGGAGUUGCUGCUGAAACGACACUCAGCCACCAUGCAGAUUGACGCUAAGUUUCAGGACCUGCUCUUCAGGGCACUCGACUACUACGUUGUGGGGCGGCUCCAUGAAAUGCUUUGGUGGCUGGUGUGUGAACGAUGCCAGGUGGUUGACCAGCUAGUGAAGACACGGUUGUCACACCUCCGCCAUGCUCAUCUCUCAGCUCUCCAGCUGGGGGUCCCGGCACACUACUACACUCCUCUGCCAGCUGCCGUUGUUGAGUUAGCUUCCCUGGCAAGUGUGGAGAGUGCCAUAGGUAGAUUACAAUGUGUCCACUCCACCAUCGAGCUCAUCCAAGCACAGGCCAAGGAGGCUCGGGUCACCCUGCACCAGUAUAAGGAUCAAGAGGGAGAACCAGAGCUGGAGUUAACCAAGGAAGAGUUGAUGGCUCUACUGACCACUGUGGUAGUCCAGGCACAGUGCUCACACCUGGUAGCUAACAUCUAUUACAUGACCCACUAUGUUUUCUCAGUCACUGAAGAUGACCCUCUCUGGAAAAGCCUAGGACUACUUCGCAACACCCUAGAAAACAUCAUGAAGUUGGAUGUAGCCCGACUUCCCCAGCCAGCAAAAUCCAUACGAAAGGAACUCUCUCUCCAGGACCUUAUGCAGGUGAGCGCAGAAGUGGAGUCGCGGUUUGAGGCAAAGGGCCCCAGCCGCAGCAUUGGGGAUAUCACAGCGCUGGACCUACAGCUGCACCAGCUUACACAGCAGAUACAGCUGUCAACUCAAGCCCACUCUGAAACUCACUUGACUGAGAGGAACUCGCCCAGCCGCAGGUCUGACCGCACCAUGCUCUCACCCACACAGGACAACAGCAAGUCACACAGUUUCAG